CUUGCAUUUUAUAAUGUCUCGUUAAGUGUCUGAUUUCAAAAAUUAAAGAUUCCUAAACCUUACUGUUCAACGAAAUCCAUCUUGUUUUGCAAUUACCCAUACAAUCUUGAAGCGCGUCAGGACUCAUUUGCUAAAAUGUUCGGAAAUACUACAUUCGAGACUGAUGCAAACAUGCCAUCCGAUGCCUCGAAACAAAUCUUCAACAUAAAAGAUUUGCCAACUAAAUCAGUCAUCCUGUAUCCUACAAGGGCCCAUAUCACCCGAGAGAUCAACAAUGUCUUACUAAAACCUGGAGCGAACGAAGUCGAGAUCUACGGACUCUCGCCUACCGUUGAUGAGCACUCGAUUCAGAUCGAAGGCCAAGGAGCUGCUACCAUUGCGGAUAUGACUGUCCAGUUCGUUCCAAACCGCGACAUUUUUGAGGAGAUAUAUCCAGACGACGAAGAUAUCUCGGACGAUGAAGAGAGCGAUGGUAGCGAGUAUCUUGACAGCGAUGACGAAGAGGAAGGCAUUAAAAAGUUAUCUAAUGAGCUAAAGAAUCUACAAUUGGGGGUACUGGAGGCCAUUGAGACUCAGAACUCGGCUACGGAGCGUUUGGCGACGCUGGAUAAGUUUGCGAAGUCUGUCACCGCUGAGCACAAUAGCCCUGAGGAAAUCCACGAGCUGCUGAAGAAAUACGAGGAAGAUCGAGCGACCAUCUUCAAGGUUCAUUCUACUGCUACGCAGAAGCUUGCCGAUCUGAAGAAGCAAAUCAAACGGAAAGGCCAUGAGAAAGAGAAAGUGGGAAAGGAAGGGAAGAAGCAAAAGGAGAAGGCCGAGAAGCAGAAAGCAAAGGAGCGACGUCGCAAGGAGCUUCAGAAAGCUGAAAAGAAGAAGGAAGUUAAGUAUGUCAAACAAGAGCGACUGCGGUACUGGGCCAAGAAGGUAUAUAAGAUAACGCUGCUGCUCGAGGGUGCAUCGCUCGAGACUCCGAGCUCCUCUCGCCGCGGCUCGAUAGAUGAGAUUACCCUCACACAAUCACCCCGACUGGAGGCAAAGGGAUCGAAAGCCGCGGAGAUAGAGGGGUCAGCCACCCAGACCCCAAUCUCUCUCCUCCUCUCAUACGUUACCAAGGAAGCUGGGUGGAACCCGCGCUACGACCUCCGCAUCUCAUCGUUACAGAAGUCUGCGACAAUCAUCUACAGAACCGAGUUCCUGAACAGGACAUCAGAGACAUGGAAAGAUGCCAAACUAUCCUUCUCCACCUCCCAGACUUCGUACCAAGGGCUUGACGAUGUCGUCCCAUUUAUGCACGCCUGGCGUAUCAAGUUGUCUCGGUAUGAUAACGGCGAUGGUGGUCUCCUCAGCGCUGAAGAAGCACGCAAAUCUCGUGCCGGAAUUAAGACCACAGAUUUCUUCAACCGAUCGGAUCUGUUUGGAUUAGACGACAACUUCAUCCCAGCCUGGCACUCUAAGAGGCCGCUCCAGGUUCAACAGGCUUCUCAAGCGGCGCAGUCAAAGCCAAAUGCUGGCGGUUUAUUCGGGGCCAGCUCCAGGAAGAGCGGAGGGGGAUCUUUCCACCCCGGUUUCGGCUCCAGCAAUCCCUACGAGCAAGCACAGCAAACGCUAGGGCCUCAAAUCCACCAAGAGACAGCACUUUCUCAUACGGAGACUCAAGUGGAGCGAGCGAAUAUCGAACUCAGCGCAGGCAUUCAGAGCGCCCGAAGAUCUAGUAGAGUCCCCUCACUCUUCGGAGCUCGAACAAACAAGAAGGAAAGCACUUCGAACAACGAGCGUGAUACCUACGACCCCACUAUUGAAGAUAUGGACGAUGAUACCGCUGACCAACCCUCCGCCAUCGAAUUCGAAGAAUCCUCCUGGGAAGAUAGCGGUUUGACAGCAACCUACGACGUCCCCGGCGUCCGCACCCUCAUCCCAUCGUCCAUGACGCGCCGCCAUAAAAUCGCUUCCCUGAAUGCAUCUAACAUCCACCUCUCCCACAUCUGCGUCCCGAAGCUCCGCUCUGCCGCCUUCCUCCGCGCUAAAAUCCGGAACCCAUCCAGCAUGGUCACGCUCCUCAGGGGCUCAGCUGGCGUCACACUCGAUGGCUCGUUCCUCGGAAACAUGAACCUACCGCGCGUAUCUCCCGGGCAAGUCUUCAAUUUAUCGCUCGGAGUCGACCCAGCGAUUCAUGUCAACUACCCCAAACCGAUCGUCCACCGCAGUACGCAAGGUAUCAUUUUCAGCAAAGAAAGUGCACAGGUCUUCACGCGCUCCGUGUGGCUCAACAACACCAAAUCGCAGCCCGUGGAACUCCUCGUUCUGGACCAAAUCCCUGUCUCCGAGGACGAGAGACUCCGUAUCGUGAUCACAACCCCCAGAGGCCUCGUCAAGGAAGGGGAUUCAGUGAAAACAGGUGUGUCGGCUAAGGAGGGAAGUAGCGGCGCCGUGUCGACGAGCUCGAGUUCGAUGUGGGGUAAUGCGGUAGCGAAGCUGAAGAAGAAUGGAGAGGUGAAUUGGACGGUAAAAAUUGAGAAGGGACAGGGAUGCUUGUUGAAACUGGAUUAUGAGGCCAGACUGCCACCUUCGGAGAAGAUUGUUCCCGCGUAAUCUACGGGUGGAAAAGGAGAGGCAGGCGGAUUCGUGGUAUUUGGAUGGGAAUAUUCCACACUUAGGAUGAGAGUCUUUAGCAUCUCAACGUUUUGCCACAAAUCAAAGCCAGGUGUACAUUCACUGCGAAUCAGAGCCUGUUCAGGAAUAUAUGACUGGUAUUUUUAUAGGAUCUGGGAUAAUUUGGACAAUACUGACAGAGAAGGAGUACUAGCACCUCCUUUAUACAUGUAGCAAUGGGUUGUUGGCCUUUUUUUUUGAAUUGUAGAUUGGAUAUUGCAUGAAAUUAGCCUACAAAAAUGAAAUACUUUGAUAGCGGCUUCCUUUAA